CGCGCCCCCAUCCGGUCUCCGAGAGACGGUGAGCGCGCCCCCAUCCGCGCCCCGAGAGACUGAGACGGUGAGCGGGCUCCGAUCCACUGCCCGAGAGACGGUGAGCGAGCGCGCCUCAUCCCUACCCGGAGAGACGGUGAGCGCUUCCCCGUCUGCGGCUGGAGAGACCCCGAGCGCACCGUCAUCCUGGCUCCGAGAGACGGUGAGCGCGCGGCGAGACUGGCCUCUCCUCUGCGGAGCCCGGGAGAAGGGAGAAGGAAGCCCAGGUUGUGGACACAUUCGUGUCAAGAUGAAUGAACCCUUUGAUUGUUACCACUGUAAAGAGUCUCUCCUUGGCAAGAAAUACAUCCUGUGUGAGGAGAACCCCUACUGCCUGACAUGCUACGAUACCCUCUUCGCCAGCACAUGUGAGGAAUGUGGCAAGCCCAUUGGAUGUGACUGCAAGGAUCUGUCCUACAAGGACCGACACUGGCAUGACACCUGUUUCUUCUGUGCCCUGUGUAAGAACUCACUGGUGGACAAGCCCUUCGCUUCCAAGGAGGAGCAGCUGCUCUGCAUCGAAUGCUACUCCCACGAGUACUCGUCCAAGUGCCACCUUUGCGCAAAGACCAUCAUGCCAGGUACCCGCAAGAUGGAAUUCAAGGGCUACAACUGGCAUGAGAUGUGCUUCAUCUGCCAUCACUGCCGGGAGCCGAUUGGGACCAAGAGCUUCAUCCCGAAGGACAAUGAGAACUACUGCUUGCCCUGCUACGAGAAGCAGUACGCGAUGCGCUGCAUCCAGUGCCAAAAGCCCAUCAUAACCAGUGGCAUCAGCUAUCGCGAACAGAACUGGCACAAGGAAUGCUUCGUGUGCGCCGUCUGCGGGAAGCCUCUGUCGGGGCAGCAUUUCACGUCCCGUGACGACUCUGCCUACUGCAUCAGCUGCUUCUGCGACCUGCAGGCCAAGAAGUGCGCCGGCUGCACCAACCCCAUCAGCGGUGUGGGUGGCACCAAGUACAUCUCCUUCCAGGACCGGCAGUGGCAUGACAACUGCUUCAACUGCAAGAAGUGCUCCCUCUCGCUGGUGGGACGCGGCUUCCUCACCGAGCAGGACGACAUCUUGUGUCCUGACUGUGGGAAGAACAUCUGACAGCCUUGACUCCCGCCGGCAGCCCGAGUCCUGGCCUCCACCGCAGCCCGGCUCCACCACCAGGCCCCGACUCUGCACACCCCACCCCACCCCCGCACCCGCCGUGCCUGUGCACGUCCAAGCAGCGCUUUUCCUCCCUGUGCUAGUGCUCUCCCAGGGCUGGAGGAAACUGCGGUAGGCUCUAGGUGAGACCAUGAUUCUAAAGUCAAGCCAAGCACAUGCCAGUCUAAAAAUCCUUCCCAGUGUCUUUCCACCUCCCUCCUUCCAUCCUUCCCUCUCUCUCUCUCUCUCUCUCUCUCUCUCUCUCUCUCUCUCUCUCUCUCUCUCUCUCUCUCUCUCUCCCCUCCUCCCGUCCCCCACCUCACGCCCCCCCAACACUGUGUAUUUAAUUUUCAAGUGCAAUGAGCAUGCCGCGAAUGUCGGUAUCAUGUGUGACUCCCUGUCACAGUGGAAGUCAAGAUUUAUGUGUCACGUACAAUAAAGGCCUUCAGGACAAAACUUUU